CUUUUCUUUCUUUUGCGAAUCAUCUCUAUUCAACAGCAUAACUCGAAUUUACAAAUAACUUCAAAUCGAUACCAUUAUGGCUCCCAUCAAGGUUGGAAUUAACGGCUUCGGUCGUAUUGGCCGCAUGGUCUUCCAGGCGAUCUGCGAGGGAAACCAUCUCGGCACUGACAUCGACGUGGUUGCGGUUGCGGAUAUGAGCACAGACGCCGAGUACUUCUCCUACCAGAUGCGGUACGACUCCGUGCACGGCAAGCCGCGCUCCUAUGGCGUCGAGGUGGCGAAGAGCAACCCGUCUGUGGAGAAGCCGGAUGUGCUCGUGGUGAACGGCCACCGCAUCCAGUGUGUGAAGGCAGCCCGCAACCCCGCUGAUCUGCCGUGGGGUAAGCUUGGCGUGGAGUACGUGAUCGAGUCCACCGGGCUCUUCACGAAGAAGACCCAGGCUGAGGGUCACAUCAAGGGAGGGGCCAAGAAGGUGGUCAUCAGCGCUCCCGCAUCUGGCGGUGUCAAGACGAUCGUGAUGGGCGUGAACGAGAAGGAGUAUGACCCGUCGUCUCACCACAUCGUGUCGAACGCGUCGUGCACGACCAACUGCCUCGCGCCCCUGGUUCACGUUCUGACGAAGGAGGGCUUCGGGCUGGAGACUGGUCUGAUGACCACGAUCCACUCGUACACGGCGACCCAGAAGACUGUGGACGGCGUGUCGAUGAAGGACUGGCGUGGUGGCCGCGCUGCCGCGAUCAACAUCAUCCCCAGCACGACUGGUGCGGCCAAGGCUGUGGGCGAGGUGAUCCCCACGACCAAGGGCAAGUUGACGGGCAUGGCCUUCCGCGUCCCGACACCCGACGUGUCGGUGGUGGACUUGACUUUCACGGCCACCCGCGACACAUCGAUCAAGGAGAUCGACGCCGCGCUGAAGAAGGCCUCGGUGACGUACAUGAAGGGCAUCCUCAGCUUUACCGACGAGGAGUUGGUGAGCACAGACUUUAUCAACGACAACCACAGCUCCAUCUACGACUCCAAGGCGACGCUCCAGAACAACCUGCCCAACGAGAAGCGCUUCUUCAAGCUGGUGUCCUGGUACGAUAACGAAUGGGGCUACUCCCACCGUGUUGUGGAUCUAAUUAUCUACAUGGCUAAGAGGGACCGUGCCUCCGCCAAGCUAUAAUGCGUUCCCGACACACCAUCUCUUCAAAAUAAGUACUAUAGGGUGGGCGUGCGUAAAAUUUUAUUAAGCGCUUUUUUGGGACAAAAGUUUUAUAAAAAUAUAAUGAAGCGCCUCUAUUGAAUGCUCUUAGCAACAAAAAGGAAAUCUGAAAUUAUAUAUCUUGAUCUAUUAUAAGUAUUAUAAUUUAAUAAUAUUAUUACUACUACUACUACUAGCACUAUGAUCUUUCAAAUUUUUCAGUUUGUAAACAUCAAUGACUUUUUCGAUCAGUGUUGAAGUACCAUGUGGAAGCAGGACCAGACACAAUCCUCUUGAAGUCACAGGUUUAUUACACCUGAGCAAGUGUUGCUUUUCUUCUCAUGCUUCUCUUUUAGUGAAGCAAUACCAGCAAGGAUUGAAAGUUGAUACACCCAUACCCACAUACCAUGAUGCUAUAGAGAAGGCGCAUGUCGACGUGUGCUCGCUCUUCUUUUUUCAA